AUGGCUAAAGAUUCCAACAACGAUGACUCGUCGAAGAGAACUCUCUUCAACGACAAUUGGAACGGCUCGACCCAGGAAUCCGAUAAUUGCUCAUCAAAUUCAGAACCUCCUGGGCUUGAGGAGGAUGCUUUAUCAGAGGACACAACGGUCGCCGAUAGUCUAAGGACACCCCCAGAGUUUGAGGACUCAAAAGAUAUCACCGUCACAAUGUCCGAGAAUGCAAAACCAGGAGACACUACAGAAAGCCCAGGAGGGUUGAAGUGUAGCAACCAAGAGACAACCCUAGAGGAGAAGUUGGCGAUAAGUCCUGAUCAUUCAUUGGAAAUCGAUAAAAUGUCACCAGAAGCACCAGAAGCACCAGAAGCAACACGGACAGAUACUCAGAAUGGCCAUUCUCUUGACACUCCCAUCGUGAAUUCGAAGAAACUGCCAAGACGUCGCCGUCGACGUAUGAGGGCGUCUCAUCGCACAUGGGACGAGGAAUUGAUGCCGUAUGGGAACAUGAGAGGCGUUUUGAAUGAUGAUGACGAUGAAACAGUCCGCAGCGACUGUAGCGACAAUGCUGAGCCAAACAACGACCAGGUUGCCGUAACUGAGGACUGGUCAGAGUCAUUGUUUGAUGAUGAAGAUCUGGACUUAAUGCUAGAUGACUCACCUAACCGGAUUGAAUGGUUGCGACAAAAGCGAGAGAAAAAUGAGAAGAACGAGCAUCUUGACCGGCUAAUGUCGAUGGUUGGUCUCGAGCAAAUCAAAGCGCAUUUCCUUGCUGUAAAGGACAAAGUGGAUGCUGCCAAACGCUGGAAGGAAGAUGUGAAGAGCAUAAACCUAGACUUGAUCUUACACGGAAAUGAUGGGACUGGCAAGAGAAGGAUAGCCUGGCUCUACGCCGAGUUCCUCUAUAGCAUUGGCGCCGUCCCGCGACGUAGCUUUGAACGAAUGUCGGGAUACAGCAUAGAGAAUGAGACGAGUGAAGCGACGGUGACAUUCUUCGAUGAGGCGGAUCGAAUCGAUCAAAUAUCUGAUAUCACGAACAUCCUCGAGGCUCUCAAAAAGAGGCCCGAUCCUACCGUUCUCAUCCUGUCGUACAGGGCACUAAAGAAAGAACCAAUAGACGCUAUCAACCACCCUGAGGAAUCGCGGGAUCGUUUUCCUGAGCCCGUUGUUCUCAAAAACUACGAAGAGGCUGAGAUAGCGGCGCUCCUCAAACGGUUGGUUAAGAAGAGGCCAGAAUUUGAGGACGUUCAUAAUCGAGAACUUAUCCUACGCUUACUGGCUCAAAAACUUGCACGACAAUGCAACAAUUUCCCUGAAAGCUUCGCCAAUGUCCACACUUUGCAAACAGAAUUGGACGAAUUAGACAUUCGACGGAAGAAGCGCCAUGAAAAGGAGCUGUUGGAGUGGAUGAAGAACAACUCCCCUGUCGAGGACGUACCGCUUGACGAACAAAAGCCAAAGCAAGUCGGGUUCGAGGUUGAGGAUGUGCUAGGUCCCACGCCCUCUGAUCUGAGGGACAACAGCGCAGCCUGGAAAGAGUUGCAAAGUAUGGUUGGUCUGCAGGGUGUUAAGGAAGAGGUCGAUCAUAUUUUCAAUUUGGCCAGCCUUAAUCGCCAACGGGAAAUCGAAGGAAAAAAGAAUUUGCCAAUUAUGCUGAAUCGCUGUUUCUUGGGAGAGCCGGGGGUUGGGAAAACAACCGUUGCGAAGAUAUACGGAAAGAUCCUCACAGAUUUGGGCCUGCUUUCGAAAGGCGAAGUUAUCGAGAAAACACCAAACGACUUGAUCGGGCCCUAUAUCGGUCACUCGGAGAGGAAUACGCGAGAAGUCCUCGACCAGGCCAUGGGUAACCUACUCAUCAUUGACGAUGCGCACAUGCUAUACCAAGGUUCUCGUCAGGGGACAAACAACUCCGACUCUUUUCGAACGGGCGUCAUUGAUACACUUGUGGCCAAUAUCUCGGGAAGCCCAAGUGAAGACAGGUGUGUGCUUCUAUGCGGCUACCCUGAUAAGAUGAGGGCGAUGUUCCUGAACAGCAACCCCGGGCUACAACGUCGUUUUCCCUUGGAGAGUGCCAUCGUCUUCGACAACUACAGCGAGAGUGAGCUCUGCCAAAUCCUCGAGCAGAAAAUGGCGAGCGACGGUGUGAGCAUCUCGGAAGGCGGCCGUAAAACUGCCCUAGACGUUCUCAGGAAGAUGCGCACGAGGCCUCGCUUUGGAAACGCUGGUGAAGUGGAGAGCCUGCUGUCUCGGGCGAGUCUGAGGCAGGUAGGGAGAUUGCGAGCUGCAAACGUGUAUCCUGUCGACAUGAGUGACCACCCUCUAGAGGCGGUGGACUUUGAUCCGGAUUUUGAUAGAGCCUCUCGUGCGGACCAGGCGCGAGAUGGUCUGUUUAAGGACUUUGUGGGCUUUGAGAAGAUUACCGAACGAUUCAGAAGGUAUCAGAAGAUGGCAGACGGAAUGCGGAGAUAUAAUAUAGAUCCCCGACCUCAUAUCCCUUGGGCAUUUGUGUUCAAAGGGCCGCCUGGGACGGGGAAAACAUCAACGGCGAGGAAAGUAGGCAAACUGUUCUACGACAUGGGCUUGAUUUCAUCAGGUGAGGUCAUUACCUGCUCUGUCACAGACAUUGUCGGCGAGUAUCUCGGGCAAACCGGGCCCAAAGUCAUCAGCCACUUUGAGAUGGGGCUCGGCAAAGUCCUGUUCAUUGAUGAAGCCUAUCGGUUGACUGGGGAUAAGUUCCACAAAGAAGCUGUCAACGAAAUCGUCGAUGCCAUGACCAAGCCGCGCUACGUUGGAAACAUGGUUGUCAUCCUGGCUGGGUAUGGAGAUGAGAUGGAGAAACUGAUGCAAACGAAUCCGGGACUGAGGAGUCGGUUCCCUACUCACAUCACGUUCCCGAACCUGACACCAGCACACUGUCUGCAACUCCUCCGGCAAACUCUUGCCAGGCUACAAAUCAUGAUUCCACGCGAUCUAGACGAACCUGGAAGCGGAACUGGUAAAGCUCUUGACGAGCUUUUCAACCAGCUGGCCCGUACCAAGGGGUGGGCUAAUGGCCGCGAUGUUGAAACUAUCGCGAAGAGCAUAAUUGGAGACGUGUUCGUGAGAGCGGGCGAAGAGAUAGACGAUUCACCAUUGGGUAGCCUCCAUCACCGCAUCUCACCUCAGAGCCGAGACUCAGCUCUUCCCGACCAUCAGGCAAUCGCCUUCCAGUCUGUGUUUUCCGAGAUAGCGAUUACUCUGAGGACAGAGGGCAUCAAAAUGCAAAGAGACAAAGAAGCCAGCAUGAGCCACUCCAGUGUAUCCAUCCGUCGCAAGUCGUGCACCCCCUGCUUCAAGGGGCGCCGCAAAUGUGAUCUCUCAUACCCAGUCUGCAAAAGAUGCGAAAAGAAUAACAAAGCCUGCCAUUACGUCUAUCCACCGAACCAACGAGCGGCGACCAAUGUGGAGCUCUCCAAGUCCAAGGGACACUCAUCCCUCGCAGAGAAGCCUUCGCCCGGCAGUUCGCCAGAUGAGCUUGUCCCCAUUCCGGACCGCAGCCAAUCCCGCACGCAACACCAGCUCAACUGGGAUGGCUCUUUGAUAAAGAUACGCUUUCCAGAACCCCUCGGCGUGCCGUCCAUCAUUGGUCAUCUGGGCGAACUGGAGCCCGUCAUCGGCCUGGGCAACGAUGCAUGGAUCUUCGAGGAGAUGAAGGCGUGUCCGACCACUUAUGCCCAGGACACGGAGACCUUCUUCAUCCACAAAGAUCUGAACCAAGAUUCUCUAGCCCCUGGUCCGCUACGGGCCGCCUGGGGAAUCUGCGCAGGAUGCAUAACCCUCAACAGCCGCAACAGGAAAUUCCUCUUCCAGGCCGUGGAUGCCGAGCUGGCAAAACUACUCGUGCCAACCCCCCAGGGCACGUUGUUUGAGGAUCUCGUGACACUACAAGCAAGUGUCCUAUACCAGAUGAUCAGACUUAUCUACGGUGGCAUCGAACAGCGCAAGGCGGCCGAACAGCAGGAAUAUGUGAUGAGGUCACUUGGCCUCAAGCUCCUUCAGAGACUGGAUUCCGGAGACGAAAUGGCGCAGAACACCUGGGAAACCUGGCUUCUGAGAGAAAGCGUCCGGCGCACUGUUGUUGCCACCUUCAAGCUAUAUACGCUCUACUGGUCAUUCAAACUGGGCACGUGCACUGAGGUGAAUGCGAUAGCCCAGUUGCCCAUUUCCACCAAGACGGGAGUUUGGAGCUCCCCGCAAAACUUCCCCCAAUACCCAAGCAAAGAUGAGACAAUCCCUUACAGGGACUUCAUAUUGUUCAAGUCCGUCGCUCCUCGCGGCUCAUUAGAGACGUUUGAAAAGAUGGUGGUGGUAAGCUGUAGGGGGGUGGCCGAGGAAGAUUACUUUGCGAUCAGAGACACGUUGUAA